AACCGAAUGAGAGUUAGCAGAAAUCGUACUUCGACUGUGAUGACCAAGUUUAUCACCUUUUCUUUUCUAUUAGCACUUCAAAUCUGCUUUCUAUCAUGCUUACUUCGUCGUUGCGAAUCAGUCGCUCCCGACUCCUCACAGCAGCCAGAUCGACGGCAAGCGGAAGCACUCCACUACGAACGCCCCGCUUAUAAUGUUUCUUAUCUUUAUGAUGCCUAGAAGAACUAAGGUCUGAUGAUACACCCUCUCGGUAAUACUCUCUUUGCGCCUAGGGAAAGACGAGACUCCCAGAGGAAAUCAUGAGAGUAGAACGUGUAUCGAAGUAAGGGGAGCCAAGGACUGAUAUAUAUUCGACAAAUAGCCCAUGUCUCUUGGCUGCCGGUGAACGUUCGUACAGAGUACUGGGAGCUGAAAAGGGGUGUUUUAGGAUCAAGGGGAUCCGUUCGGAAAUAGCCAUCGGGUCAGGGAUCUUCUUCGAGGUAGGACAGAUUAAAAUGAAAUAGUAAUUAAUAACAGGGACGAGGGUACCUGGAAGCCAAUGGAUUUAGUAUAUACCUCUAUAACCGUAAGCAUAUCCAAUAUGCUCUCUCGCAACUUGGUCCUUCACCUAGAAAGUGAUGAGUUUCGAUAUCUCGAGGGUUUGUUAGAUUACCUAGGUAUCGAGCACUCAUGUAGUGCUUAGGUAGAUACUUGGGUACACAGCAGAUUCUCUCAAUUCGAUAGGCUGUGAAGUAGUAUUUAGAAGAUAUGUGAAUGCCGUAGGAUCCGGCAAGGUGAGGGUCAAGAGGUUACAUGCAUACGCCAUAUUGUUGGAUGCUGAGUGGUGAAGUCGUACUAAGGAUCUGAGACUUAUAAGCAUAAUUGAGAUCGCGAUGUCGUAUGUUAGUUUGCCUAUUCCGGGAUAUGCGAGCUUCCUAUCGCUGUCAAGUUGUACCAAUGGUUCUCGGAGAAUGAAGAAGGGUUCAUAGGAGGUUAUACAUAGGUUCGGAGAGUUUGAUCUGAGUCAAUGAUUAUUAAACAAGUCGCGAGUAGAUUUAAAAAUAAAAAUACAGAAAUAGGGGAAACGCAAAGUGAUACCAUCGCCCAUGAUGGUGUGUAAUGACGGUGAGCCGGAAGCGAUGGUUGUCGGUAGCACGCAAGAUUCGCGUGGAAGCAACCAGGAUCUGACAAUCGCUACCAUCAGAUAAGAUGAGGCGACGGCAUGAAAUUGGAGAGCGUAUCGCUUU